AUGACGCAUAUUGACAGCUUCGAACAGUCAACUCCAUACAAGCACAGUCCUUCAACUUCAUUUGCGACAAAGGCUGAUUACACGCCAACUUCUUAUUUUGGCCGAUCUCCUGGAGAACAUAACAGAACCAAUGAAUCUAGCUUGGUCUUCUCGAAGAAAGGGUAAGUUUUUACACGACUUUGUGGUAACUUUUCUUUCGGUUGAGAAUCCAAUUAAUUCUUUAGUUAAAAAUAGUGUUUUUGGGGGAUUUUCGGAUGUUAACCAUCAAGUAUUGUGAACAUCCUAAUUUUUGUUGUAACUUUCUUCGACAGAGAGUUAGAAGGUUGAAAAUUUGAGAGUUUUUAGGUUGAUAAGCUGGGUGGCUAACUCCAAAAGAAUGUUUUAAAGUUCGCUUUUGUUUUAAAAUUCCAGUAAUUUUACCGUGUGCCUACUUGUGUAUUAUUUUUAGUGAUUUUUUUAGUUAACUAUAAAACAAUUUGUUUUGUAAAUUCUUUUUGAGUUGUUCAUUGGUUUUAACAUUGAGCUAAACUUUUAUUUAUUUAGCCCUAACGACGACAGCGAGUACUAUUCAUCCACAAUAAUCCGCAUCUACAACAAGUACGUCGAGAAGGUGGAACAUGCCAAAGUACCUCUAUAUAAACGUGUUUUGCAUUGUUUGAGUGGAGUGAUGAGUGAAAGGAAAGGGAAAUACACCAUGGUGAACUACAGGCUACCGCAGAAUAACAACAACAAGGUCUCGUUCAUUAGUUAUCGUCGGAUUAGAGAUUAA